UUAAAAAAAUAAUUAAAUUUUGAAAUAAUUUUUAUAUAAUAGUUUAAUUAUUAAUCUAUAUUGUUUCGGUUAAAAUACUUUUUAAAUAUUUUUAUAUCUAUAAGUUUUUAAUAUCUAUAUAUAUAUAUACUGUAAUAUUAAUUUAGACAAAACAAAAACAAAACCAACAAUGAAACUAUCAUUAAUGUUUUGUUUUGUAAUAUUUAUUAUUUUGUUGGUUCUAUUAUUUGAUGCUGAUGGACAAAAACAAAACACUAGAAAAGUUAAUCAAAAUAAGGGUCAAAAUGGUGGCAAAAGCAGCGGUAAAUCAACAGCUAAUCGAAAAACUGGUACAAAGGGUUCGACAAACGGUGUCUCAAAAGGUUCGUCUAGUAGUGCCUCAAAAAGGUCGUCAAGCGGUGCCUCGAAGGGUUCGUCUAUUAGUUCCUCAAAGGGUUCGUCAAGUGGUGUCUCAAAAGGGUCGACAAGAGGUACCUCAAAAGGUUCGACUAGUAGUUCCUCAAAGGGUUCGACAAGUGGUGCCUCAAAGGGUUCGACAAGUGGUGUCUCAAAAGGGUCGACAAGAGGUACAUCAAAAGGUUCGUCUAGUAGUUCCUCAAAGGGUUCGACAAGUGGUGCCUCAAAGGGUUCGACAAGUGGUGCCUCAAAAGGGUCGACAAGAGGUACAUCAAAAGGUUCGUCUAGUAGUUCUUCAAAAGGUUCGAAAAGUGGUGCCUCAAAGGGUUCGAAAACUGUUACCACCACAAAAGGUCCUCCAACUGGCGAAUAUGCUUUUGUUAAAACUAACAGAAGAAAAGGUAACUGGUACGGUAAACCCGUACCCCGGGGUCUUAUACCACCUCAAGACAAAGUGCUUGAAGAUAUUUAUUGGACUGCUCUUAAAAAGACACAAAAAUACUUUAAAGAUAUUAUUAUUAAAAUAUGCCAUAAUUUAAGCCAACGAUGUUUUUAUCAUUCGUGUAAUGCCAAUAAUUGCAAAGAAUCUUAUUAUCAUUGCAAAAAUGGGGCAGGGUGGUUUCCAUUUGGUCCGGGAAAGACUACUUGGAAAUGUAGAAAUAAAAAAUGGAUUAAACAAGAAAAAAUAUAAAUAAAUUUU